GCGCAGCUCCGGCGCGAGAUCACGGCCUUGCGGCUGUUGGACCACCCGAACGUGCUCCGGAGCUACGAGGACUUCGAGGACGCGACGCACUACCUCUUCGUCAUGGAGUACGCCGCCGGCGGCGAGCUCUUCGAGCGGCUGAGCAAGGUCGGCUCCUUCUCGGAGCGCACGGCCGCGAACCUCACGCGCGACGUCGCGUCGGCUUUGGCGCACUGCCACGCGAACGGCGUCAUCCACCGCGACAUGAAGCUCGAGAACCUGCUUUUACCGACGCCGCUUUUACGGAACGUCAAGCUCGCGGACUUCGGCAUGGCCCACAGCGACCGGGGCAUCACGACGACGCUGUGCGGCACGCCCGGGUUCAUCGCGCCCGAGCAGCGCACGGGGCGGCCCUACGGCGCCAAGGUCGACGUCUGGGGCCUGGGCUGCGUGCUCUACAUCAUGCUCAGCGGCAUGGAGCCCUUCGACGCCGCCGAGGACGAGCAGGCCUUCGAGCGGAGCGACGCGGGCCGCGGCGCGGCCGGGCCCGCGCCGCUCGCGCUCGCGUUCCCCGAGCGCGCGUGGCGCGACCGGUCGUCGCGGUCCAAGGAUUUGCUGGCCAAGUGCCUCACGGUGGACCCGGACGAGCGCAUCGACGCGGCGACGAUCCUGGACCACCCCUUCGUG